GUGGCGUCGGUUCUGUGAAAAUCGUCGGGUCGGAAAACCGCGUACAAACGUUCAUAACGGCGCGUUUCUCAGCUCCGCUGCUACUCCGGAAAAUCUAGAACGGGCGGAAAAGGAGUAAGAGAACCUUUAUAAGGGAGAGGAUGAUGAGGUGCUCCAUCGUGUCCCGUACUGCCUUUGUAUCAGUAUGAGCAUCACGCAACCAUCAACAAACAAAUACCGUCGCUGCUGGCUUGAGGCUGCAUAAGGAAGGAUCCGCGUUUCGUGAGCGCUUUUCCAAGUAAAACACAGUUUACGGGAAACAAUCGGCCACAUAGGAACGGUGGGAUAGCUAGCGCACAAAGAGAUUUUUUUUGUGUUAAUUUUUCAGACUGCCUGUUUCAAGGGCUAUGGUGAAGGAUAUAAUGUGCACUUUUGGUGCGAAGUGUAUAUACGAGUUUUAAGGAAGCAACAUUUUACGGUGUGCGGAUGAGCAUUUCUAUAAACCCAUUUUACGCUCUUGGUGGAAAGUGAAAGUGAUGGUUUAGAAGAGUGCUGCCAUCCUGCGUAGAAAGAAGAAGGAAAAUUGCGUGUAGUGUAGUACGAGUCAAGCCUGUUUGGAAUAUUUAUGUACCAUAAAGCAUGUGUUUUUUCAUUAGUGUCAUUUCGGCUGGAAUUUAAUGCACAUCAGGAUAUUACGCCAGUGUUCACAUACGAAAGCAUUUCGGUAAAAAUAAAUUCUUUAAUCGUCACUACCGAACCGGAUUACGAACAGGUUGGAAAGCUGCGUCAAACUCCAUCCAGCAAAAGUUUCCCCGAGCUCAUAUUCGUAGCCCAUAGGGAACGUGCGGAAUCGCAUGUUCCUCGCCUACUGCUGCCGGCGAGAAAAAAAAACCAAACCAUCACCAGCAGUGAAAAAGUUGGAUGAUUUAAUCUUGAUUAAUGUGUCACUUCGCGUGUGAAUGUGGUUAAUCGACCGCCACUCCGAAACGGAACGGUUGGUGCUAGUAGGAAAAAAGAGAACAAAUCAAGUGAUUAUCUGGAGGAUAAAAACCGUAGCCAACAUAAAAAAUCGGUCAGUCGCACUACGUCGACAAACGUUAUAAUUCCGAAGCCGUCGUAAAUACGCUGCCCCCGUUUCUCAUCAGUCUCCGGGGCAAAAGGGCGAAAGGCCGAUUAAUAAACAGCAAAGUUAUUCGGAUGACCCCCGCGGCAGAUGGAUGGAUGUGAUUUACUGGCAUCGGCUGCGUGUUUCACGGUCAAAACCAGCUAGAAUUUGGCGUUUCAUUUUUUUGCUGACGAAAAACAAGUCAAUCGAUAAAAGUUUACCCCAUAGGAUUAUACUGGAUUACGCUUAUCAUUAUCACCGCUGACACUAAUUCAGCCUCGGAAAACAAAGUGCAGACAUUUAAGUGAUUUAUGCGUGAAGGGACAAAUCAAUUCUACAGCCAUCUCAAAACGCAAGUGUUCGGAAUAAAACAUUUCGUCUGUACCGCACGUGAUUGUAUCACCGAAGCAGCGAGAAAUCCGAAUUGCGACAGAAAAACUCGCUUGACACAAGUUGAAACAAGAGGUCGCCGUUCGCUCCGCCGUACCCCUGAACCGCCCUUAGAUCUGUAGCGGAUAAUCCGAAAUAAGCAUGCCCCAUCACCGUCGGUGAGGAUUGCGGAGAAUUUGAUAUCUGGGAUUUGUGGAAGAAGGUGAAAAGAACAUAUCGCACCGGUCUCGACGCAACGGGGGGCAGCUCAUUUUUUUUUCUCCUGUAAAGCAUGCUGAAGGAAAAGGAAGAUGAACAGGAAAUAUGCAAAGCGCCAUCACCCACACCGGAGGAAAGGAAAUAUUCUAAGGAUUCCGAACUGGACCCAAUGGGAUCACAAAGAGUCUACAAAAAAACAUCAUCAAACCAACUUCUGACGCUGUACCUGGGCAGCCGGGAGCUGGUAGCCCGCAAAGGCGUCAUCGAGCCACUAAGGGGUGUCCUCUACAUCGAUCCGAAAAUCAUCAACGAUGCCAAAAUCUACGGCCAGCUGACACUGACCUUUCGCUACGGACGCGAAGACGAGGAGGUGAUGGGUCUCAAGUUUUGCAAUGAAGCCGUCAUCGCCUUACAACAUAUUUGGCCUAAAGCUGUGAGCACCGAGCCGGAAGUACUAACACCGUUACAGGAAGCUUUACUCGAUAGACUGGGAAAAAAUGCAGUUCCUUUUUCGCUGGAAAUUGGCACCGUAGCUCCACCGAGUGUUCAACUACUGCCAGCGAAGCGCUACACCGGAGCUCCGAUUGGUACCAGCUACGACGUGCGGGUCUAUACGGCGGAGGCCUCAGCGGACGAACGUGUCCAACGCCGCUCGACUGUGAGAUUAGGUAUAAGGUUAAUUCAUAAGAUUUGUCCAGAGUCUACGAAAGCAUCGGCACUGGAAACGGCCACCGUUAACUCGUUCUCCGGCAGUGGUGGCGGCCUGCUUGGUCCGAAAUCACCUCCCAUUACGGUGGACUCUCCCAGCAAUAGCAGUAGCACCGUCACCAACCCUACCACCCCCACCAGCUCGGCAAACUGUGCCAUCCUUCCAUCCGGUAGCGCUAGCAGCAAUAACAGCACAAUGCCCCGCUCGCUUCGAUUGCGGCUCUCGCCAAAGUCCCUUAAGCUAUCAUCGCUUCAUCGCCACAGCAGCAGCGUCGAUAGCACGAAUGGUGGCAUCAAAUCCUAUGGAGACCAUGGAAUCAUCGAGCUAACGGAUGUGAACAAGGGUCCUCAGGUGUCCGUGGACAAACCGUUCCUGUGGGCUGACGGACGGGUCAACCUGAAAGCCUCACUCAACAAGGCGGCCUUUGUGCACGGCGAGAACGUCACCGUGACACUGGACAUCAAAAACGAUAGCCGGAAAGUUGUUCGCAAAAUACGGCUGGUUGCCGUCCAACACGUUGAUGUUUGCAUGUUCAGCAAUGGAAAGUUCAAAAACAUCGUUGCCGAGGUUGACGUUAGCAAACACAUCGGACAGGGAGACACACUCCACGCCUCGUAUUCGCUGCUUCCGGUUAGAGGCACUACUAAAAACUGGAUCGCAGUCGAGGGUGCUCUGUUCAGCAGUAACUACAACGAUCCCAGCUCAUCGGCUUACAACUCAAAGCUGGCCACAAGCGCCCCUCGGGGCCUCAUGAUGGCAUCCUCCUCCGCAUCGGAGGAGAAAAACGUAUUCGCAAUUUAUGUUUCCUACUAUGUUAAGGUUAAGAUAAUACUCAGCAGCAUGGGCGGUGAGGUUUCACUAAAGCUUCCCUUUGUACUGGGAAAUUUGGAGUUGAACGAGCCGAGCGAUGUUCCCACGACACUCAGCGGUCUAAGGAAGCAGCGCGAAUUGAGUCGUAAAACCAGCUCUGCGACAAGCAAUGGUGGCAGCAGUGUGGAUCUUGGUCCAGUGUCCCCACUGACGAGGGAGAUGAGCGUACGAGACACGGAUAACGAUCCCAACGAUAGAGAUCGGAUAAACCGAGUCACUGAACUGAACAACCAGAAUAAACGAAUGCCAAUCCGGUCAGCCUCCGAGUCGUCUCCGAGGCGGAAGCCGCAGCCAGCGAAGGACAACGGAACCAGCACUCGAAGGGAAAUGUUCAAAAAUUCUAAAUUUAACGAAAACCUCAACAGUACAAUCGAUGUGAUCACCGAAGACUUCCAAACAAUCACGGCCAACAUUAGCAAUCUGGUCAAGUCGGACUCGAGCAAGUCGAACCUGAACGAUUCCGAACCGUGCCAGCAGGAAAUCAGCGUCGAGGCACAAAUCCAUUGUCCCCAGACGACGGACGAUAGCGGUGCCCAGCAUUGAUAAUCACUCCACAGGAAACCAAAGAACUAACCCUAGGGUGGUACCUACAUACUGGAAAAGUAAAUUCUACUUUUUACUCUCAACCUGCUGGCUAGCGUUGAAUGUUUAUACACAGAAGAGAACAGAGCAGACCUAAACGACACUAGGAUAUAUUUAUAGACAGACUGUAGCAUGAGACUCACUCUUUAGGUAAUCAUUCGCCACUAUUUUAUACAGAAGCACCCUAUUUGUGAUGUUAAUUAAAAUUGAGCAUACUACUGUGUCUAUUUUGUAAUAAUUGUCGGUAUAGUAGCUAAUUGUUAUUGAUGGUAAAAAACAUGUAAGGCGCACACAUUGUGCAUAGUAAGUAAAAACUUUACACUCAUUAAAUGACAACGUUUACAAGAUUCUAGGUUUUGAACGGCAAGAUUGUAAUUUGUAUUGUAUCGCUGCCACGCUCCAUAUUUCCGUGCAAUGUAGUUAAACCUGAUUCAUCGUCGUUGUUAAAAAGAAGAAUAAAAUUAAUCAUAUUAAGCUUUAAAUUGAAACUACAUUUAGAAAUUGACAUGUUAGCAGAAACGAGUGCUAGAACUUACGUCGUGAAUCGAUCAGACUGGUCAACGAUGCGUAAGAAAUGAAUCAUAUUGUUGACAUCUUAUUUACAACUACCUGAAAUGAUUUUUUCCCUUUUUUAUUUCGACUAUGUUAGUCACAUUUUCUUUUUUACAUUUUAACAACAUUCAAUUAGCUAGAGAUUACUGGGUAGGAAAAGUUAUGAAAAUUAGAGCCAUAGUACUCAAGUGAGAGCAAGGAUGUGAAGUAAACAGAAAUGAUUUACCUACUUUGGUCCCACUGGCGAGUACCAUUCCUUUAAUUAGUUGACCUGGUUGUAUUUAAAUCGAUAUCAAUGGUGUUGCUUCAUUCCUGAUAAGUUUUAUUUAAAUCUUGCACAGCGAAACGAUUCCAAUUUUCAUCCUAAAAUUUGAGCCAUAGCGUUUAGCUGAAAGGUCUGAGAAAAGCCUAAACAACUGAAGGUGAGCUGAUGUCCCGUUACAAAAUAAAAUGUUCGUGAAAGUCUACUUUGAUAUUUUGUAACAACCCAAGCAAGCCAAAGAUCUUCAAUGUAUGGGAAAGAUGGUGUUUUAAGAUUGUUUAUUAGUUAUUUUAUUUAACACGCCUGACAUGGAAAAAAUUCUCCCAAAUUCGUGAAUAACUUGCCAUGAAUUCUGGGACAACCAUGUUUGUACGUUACAAAAAAGACCGCGAAUAAAAACCAAAUAUUUUUGUUUUUGUAAUUGCGUUAAUUUUUUCUUCCGUAACGCCUGCAUAACGCUUUUAUUAGUGUAGAGCUAUUUUAUGUUUUUUUAGUGAACUUCAAACAUUUUUCAUUCAGUGAACCAGUCCACCACGAACACUUAGCUUAGCUUAGUUGACCACCCCUGAGUUUCCCGUGAUGGAUUAAAGCCUGUUGAAACUGCAUGUUGAAGCAAUUGUAUGAUUUUUGGGAGUAGCAGGUACAUCAUACUCGACGUGCAACCUAUAAUGGGUCCUUACACGAACAAUGAAAGUGCCAUUACUAAGUAGUGACGUUACUGAAAUCGUAUGGGAAUUCCGCUCAGCUUACACGAUCAUUAAAAAUGACAUUACUGCUUAGUAAUGACAUUACUAGCGCCUCUUGUAAGGGGCCCUUAUGGGAAUUCCGUCAUUACUCAGCUUACACGAUCAUUAAAAGUGACAUUACUGCUCAGUAAUGACAUUACUGGCACCUCGUGUAAGGGGCCCUAAAGAGACUAAGAUUAUGUAUUAUCAAUAACGGCCACGCCCAUGUAGGCCAAUUUUAGGAUGGGAAGGAAUGUUAGUACAACACUUGUAACUAUUACGAUCGAGGAAUUCUCUGCUUCAUCCACAGGUGUCCACGCCUUCUUUGGAGCCGUGUGAAGACAUUUAUCGACCUGGGACCCUAGCCAUAAUUCAAUUUAGAGUUCCUAGUAAGAGUAGGAAAAAGUGUUAUAGCCAGUUUGCUUAUCAAUCAAAAUACGCUGUGUUACAAGCGUUACGUUCUGAGCCCCAGCUCAACCGGAAUGACAUUUCGUGCGCCCUUUGUUUACUUGGCUGAUCAGCUGUUCUUUAGAAAACCUAUGAACAGCUGAUCAGCCAAGUAAACAAUAAGAAUGCACCAAAUGCCAUUCCGGUCGAGCGGGGGCUCGGAAAGUACCGCUAUGUAACGCAGCGUGUACUGGUUCAUAGCCUCCAUGGAAGCAUGUGUCAAGGUUGGCAUGGGGUACAUUUGUACCCCAUUGCACGGUUGCCGUUAGCAUUUCGCCAGGUUUUGUGCUGACAGUGGAAUGUGACUGGUGACAAUACCUGCUUAAAUACUGGUUGUUUUACUACGUAAGUAACAAUUAGUAUUAUAAAAUCGUUUUUAAGCAUUCAUUCAAUUAAUUUAAUUUAAUUUUGAAGUAGAAAAAAUCGUUCUCAUUUUUGCUGAGUUUUAUUGAUGUAUUGAUUAUUUUUUAUAGUUCUACAAAACAAUGGCUCGCAAGUAUAAUUUGCGCAUAGUAACCGCUGUAACAGUCUGGUCAGAUUUCUUUUUUUUUUCAAUUCAAUUUCCACCCCAUUUCGUGGUAUUUUCCAAAACCCGAUUUUUAAACUUUCACUCUUCCAAAUAAUUGCAAAAAUAUCAAAAAUUCAUUUUGCACCGUUUCUAGACCAUUCUUUUAACAUUUAGAAUAAUUUGAUUUUUUUCAAAUCGGUUGAAAAUUCGCAAAGUUAUAGUCAUUUUUGUAAAAAAAAAGCCAAAACCGCGAUUUUUUCACUUUUUUUUGUUCAAACCAAUUUAUGUAUCACUUUCACUUGCACAGCUGUUUUCGCAAUUGAAAAACGAAAAAAAAAAUAAUGUAGGUACUAUACAUUGUUUUCAAACAAAUAGUUCGCGCAAAACUGUACAUGGCGUUACAUUGCAAUGUUACUGUGAUUGUUCCCUAGACAUGUUUAGUUUUUGUUGUGAUUUUUGUUCAUACCUUUGAGGAUAGAUUUGUAUGCAGUAUAUCAGCUGAGAACCAACAUUUAAACUUUAUUUUUUUUUAUAAAAUUCGAAACUUUUUGAGCGACUUAGUGGAAUUCACAAUCAAUCCUGUUACGACAGAUGCUUUCCGUUUAAGGUCAUCUGGUGUAAAGUGCUCAAAACGAAAGUUAUUUUGACUACCGUGAUUUUGAAGGCAAGGCAACAAUUGAAACAUUUGUAUAAUGUUAGGAUCGCUUUAUACAUUCAUUGUGUACAAAAAAAAAUUUCAGUCACACAGAGCCACACAUACGAGCGUUCCAUGAGUAGACGUCCAACCAUUUCCAAGUCGAGGAGCGACGCGGCGAUAAAAUUGUGUGAUACGGGAAAUUCAAAAGGUUUGUAAAGCUUAAACUUGUAGUUAGUCGAUGAACCACAAAAAAAUUUCGAAUUUCGGAAAAUGACUUCAUGAAAAUCUCAUAUUUUACUGUAAAUUUCGCUCAUUUUUCUUCAAAAUAAUAGGGAGAAAAUUUUUUUGUUCAGUUUUCUGUGGUUCAUCGACAGUGUAGUGUGGGCAUCCUCAUAAAAAAUCAAGUCAAUUCGUUGAGUAGUUUUCGAGUUAUCGUAUUCGCCGAUUUGAAAAACGCGAGUUCGAGAAAAGCGCUAUCAAAGGGUGUGCCACAUCAAAUUGCAUCACGGUAAAAAAAAACGCUGUAGCAAAGGACCCAUUGGGUAUUUGCUCUUGAAAAUUUGGGUAGAAGUAGUUUAGAGCGUAUUGUUAACACUGUAUUUUCAUCACUGUCAGUUUUUCGCAGAGAUGCCAGAUUUGCAGACAUGUCUGCAAAUUCGCAGACUUAAUUUUAGCUGCAGAUUUUUUCGACCACCUAUUACUAGCUGCCAGAAGCUGGUCAUAACUAUUAGACAUGUCAACUAUUAGAAGCUGGACAUAACUAUUAGACAUGUAACCCUCAAAAAGAAAAUGGGUCUCAGAUGCCCAUCUAGUUACAUUGCUUCAGUUUCAAUGAACAUGUAAUUUGAAAUACAAAUGAUCGAACGUUUUUGGGCUUUGGAAUCUCUCACUGAUAAAAUGACAAAAAUGGGGCUUUUGAUUUCAUUGAAUCUUAGGAGCGAUGCUCCUUGAAGUCACAAUUAUAGCUUGUCCAUUUGAGGGUUAACACCAUGUGUAGAUUUUCAUAAAAUUGCAAACGAUUACGGUACGAAUAAUAUUUUAUGAUUUUGUGAACUAUUUCGCGACGACUGGUCAGUCGUCAAACUUAUACUAGGAAUCAUGAACCAGUUCACAAACCCAUGAGCGAUAUUCAUCGAAAAUAAGUAAUAACUGUACCAAAAGCAUUACUUUAUAUGACGGAUACAUUAACAGUUCCACACUCGCGUCGUUUGCUCCCCUUUCUUGUCAGCAUACUACCCACAGAUCUUCGCUAAUGCAGCUCAUGCCCGAAGCAAAACUGAGUCAGGCUCCAACCCCAAUCGCUGUCAAAAUGUAUGCGAUUGGGGCCUGGUAUGCUAGGUACACAGAUUAAUCUGUUUUUCAUAGAUUUUCAAUGUUAUGCACAGAUUUCCGCAGUUCUCUGUUUUAAUACACAGAUUUGCACAGUUUUAUAUUACAGUGCACAGACUAACGCAGAUUGCUGAAUUUUUGACCUCGUGCUCAAUUUGUACCUCGACUUGUUUACGUUGCGACGAGAAUGAAUCAAGCGAAGACUCAGCGAAAAACAUUGCUUUUGGCAUAGAGGAGAAAUACCUAGAUAUAUUGAGCAUUUUUCUCGAAGUUCCAGGACACCUUCGCACUAGGGGCAGAUCACUCUAGGAAUGUAUCACAAAUUUGCAUCAACUUAGAAAAAAUGCAUUUAAUUUCCAUUUUUGCAUCAACUUUGCACUCCCUCGCAGAAAAGAUUACUUAACAAUCGUCCUACGCUGAUCCACUUUGUUCGAUGUUUUGUUGAAUGUAGGGCUGUUUUUUGUAGGGUUUUGACGUCUUGCGCGCAACGCAAAAUACAUUGCACGCACCGUAAAAUACAUUACGAAUUUCUAUUUUGAUGGAAAGAAAUGCAUUUAAUUUCGCUGAUUUUUAAAAAUGCAUCACAAGUGAUCUGCCCCUAGCCUUCGCACCACUACCAACUCAUGCUUUUCGCAGUUGUCAAUUCUAAAAAACUAUCCAAAUGUCAACAUUGGAUAUAUUUCGAUUUGUCAAAUUUUAACUUUCGGUUUUCAUUUUUUUUAAUUCUGCGCUGGUGAAACCCCUUACUCAUUUGAAUUCUUGGUCAGAAUUUUAUUUGUAGAAUAUCAGUUCUUAGUUUUCGGGGCUUCGUCUCGGUCUAACUAUUAAUGUAGCCAUUCCAAAAGAGUUGUAAGAGUUCCUCCCCAAACAACUACACAGUUAUGAAAACGCCAGUACCAUAGUUUCACUAAUUUAGGCAACUUAGUAGAUUCUCGAUGGAAGAAUGGUAAAACAAAGGAGUAUCGCAUGAUCAAGAAAUUUAAUAAAAAAAUGAAAAAUUUAAAAUAUGUUUUAAAUAAAUUUGUGUUUUCUGAAAA